AUGACCUUUCGCAGCAUUUGUUUGUCCUAUCUCGCAAUAUGGAACAUUUUCCUGGUGCUCCCGAUCGUUACAUCGGACAAUGAUUACAUCUCAGGAUAUCGACGAAGAUUACAUCCAAUGACGCCGAUGUCCUGGACAAAGGAUGGCGAUACGGCGGAAAAUAUGGUGAAAACGAUCAACAUUUGGAUCGAAGAGCAGGCGCGGCGUCGCUUUUUGAAGCACCUACAGAGUAUGCAGGCGGCCAGUAGCAAACCCGCUCCGAUACCAUCGUUUGCCGACCCUGGCGUGACCUACACCUACCAGCUGCCCCUGAGUAAUCAGAUCAAUUCGGUCGAACCGAUUAACUUUGCGGUCGGACCAAGUGAUCCACGGUUCUACGAUCAGGCCAGCGGUGUUGCCCGGGAACCGGACCUGGAGGACGACGAGACCGACGUUGACGAUGGCUUUCCGUACCGCUCGGGACCGGAACCAGAUGCCGAAAGGCCGAAGGAUCAUCGGCGCGAGUCGGAAUUGACCAACGACGCGGAGCCGAUAAUGGACCAGGACUUGGUGUACGGUUACCGUCAUCCGCCACCACCGCCCCCGAUCCGACCCAAGCUGGGCAAGGGCACGCACAUGCGCAAUCAGGCCAAUGCCAAAAACACCCUCACCACACCGGCGCCCGGCGGCUCGCAGCUUGUGGACCGACGCAACUCGAACGGAGUGGUGCAGCAACCCAUCGAGCUCGGCACCGGCCUGGGCAUGUAUCUGAUCGCGCUGAUCGCGGGUAUCAGUGCGGCCAUAACGGUGGCUCUGAUUUCGAUCGGGUUCGGAUGGUACACGCUGCACAAACGGACCAAAGCAGCGGCCGAUGUGGAGUAUCCGGCGUACGGAGUGACCGGACCGAAUCGAGACUCGACGGCGGGCUCCACCGCUGCUGCCGCCGGCGAUCGCAAACUGGCCCAGAACGCCCAGAUGUACCACUACCAGCACCAGAAGCAACAGAUCAUCGCGAUGGAAAACACCACGCGCAGCGCCAACCACUCCGAGCAACCCAGCGAGGACGAGAACGAGGAAGGCGACUACACGGUCUACGAGUGCCCUGGUCUGGCACCGACUGGUGAAAUGGAAGUGAAGAACCCGCUUUUCCUUGAAGAAGGACCAGUGAAUGGAGUCUCCCUGCAACCAUCGAUCAGUGGUGAAGGUCCAGCCCUGGGGGUGGUCUAUUUGGAAAAACCCGUGCAACCGCAGGCCCACAACAAUAACAAAAAAUCGGGUACAUAAGCUGUACGUCAGAAACAUGGAAACAUAUUUCCUUUUUGUCGCCAAGGUUUGAAUUUUCAUUUCACGCUACUUCGAAUGCAUUGUCUUGCUCAGAGUAAAUAGAAAUUUGAAGGCCUAAGCUUUUUAUUUUGAAAUUGUUCCUGAAAUCGGUUUGCCUUCGGUGGAUUUGUAUUUAUUAAUUCAAGAUAAACAAGAUAAUUUAUUUGAGAUAAACGUAAAGUUUCCACCUGUUAAAAAUGGUAUAUAUGGAUUAAUGCACGUGCAAUAAUGUACUGCGCACCAUAAGAAGCCUAAACAAACUUCCUCUGAUAACAACCACGUCCAGUUACAUUCUGUACCAAAUCCUAAACCAAAUCUAUUUAAUAUCAACCGGUUUGUAUCGCUAGUCGGGCGAUUGAAAGAAAUUAUAUCAUCUUGCAGUAGAAAUAGAACGCUGCGAAGGCAGCAAAAAAUGAUAAAUAUAUUCAUUGACAUAUAAAUUCAGAGAAUAACACACACACAUACACACCAACACACAGAAAAACGUAUAUAAAUAUACAUAUAUAUAUAUAUAAAUGUUGAAAUAUGUAUCAAAAAUAGAUUUUAUUCUUGCUUGCAUUGGGCAACUAUAUGAAAAAACGGGAAAAUUUGAGCUGAAAUUACGUUGCAAUCGAAGAGGGUAUAGUCAAAUGAUGAGUCGAAUAAAUGGAGUGCACGCAGCGAAAGUAUCUAUCUUUUUGGUGGUUAAAAUGCGAUAGAGAUGCAAAAUCAGAAUGGUUUACUUCGCCUUGAUUGUGCGACAAACAAUAACGAAUGUGUUACAAUUGAUGAUGCAAAUGUUGCAAAAACAAACAAAAACAAAAAAUGCAACGGUAUUGGAGGCUAAAUCAAACACGAGAUAGAGGAAAUUCCGUAGGGUGUGGGAACAGUUGUGAUUGGAAUGGAAGUAGUGACAAACCUUGUCGUAGCCAAUAGUAUUUGUAAUAACCGUCUAAUAACUGCUCAUCUGAUGAGUAAGGCAGCUAGUUUACGUACUGUACAUUUCCCAACAACAAAAAAAAACAAACAAACAAACUCAACCCGAUGACUUACUUUUCUUGCUACAUCCGGGCUGAGCAAGCAU